GGACCAUAAAUUAUCGCCGACGAAGAAGAAAAAACAAACACGUGUUUCCCGUGUUUCCACCUCCUCAGUGCAUGGGAAAAAGGAGUCUUGUAAAUUGAGUGGAUUUGAAUAGAAGUAAGUGUAAAGAUGGUUCGUAAAUUAAAGUUUCAUGAGCAGAAGCUGCUGAAAAAGGUUGACUUCAUCAACUGGGAGGUGGAUAAUAACCUGCACGAGGUCAAAGUGCUGCGGAAGUAUCGCAUCGAAAAGAGGGAGGACUAUACCAAGUGAGUGGAGAAAAGCUACAGUGUGGCUAAAAUCAGUGAAUACCAUCAUGUUACGAUUAUGUUUAUGCUUUAGCGUGAGUAAUCAAAGUUUGAUACGCUUAAAUAGGUUUAGAAAUUAAAAAAAUCACUGCUAACCGUGUAGAAAUGAAAUCUUAAGACAACAUUCAUAUUAGUAAUACACUGACAGCCACGCCACCAAAUAAUACUGCAAAUAUUCAUUUAAAUUUGUACAAUUUCAGUGGAAUAAAUCAUCGAAUACCGGUGGAUUUAAGCACACUCGUAUAAAGUACGCUGUUAUUCUCAGUUCAGUUGUACCUUAUCUAAGGUUUCCAGUGACUCUUUGGUGACAGUAUAUUUCUCUGUGUUUUCAGGUACAACAAGCUCAGUCGAAACAUCAGGGAACUGACUCAGAAAAUCCGAGACCUGGAUGAAAAAGAUGGCUUCAGAGCUCAGAGUUCACACCAUCUGCUUGAAAAACUGUGAGUUUGUGUUCUGCUCACAAUCAUCCGUGUGCUGACAAUCAGUGGGCUUUAUUGUUUGUUUGUUUGUUUGUUUUUUUACAGUUUGUUGAUGUUAAAAGAUUUCCAGUUGUCUGUAAUGAUUUUUUUGUCUCCUUACAUUCAGGUACAGCAUUGGUCUUAUCCCGACAAGACAGAACUUAUCUCUAACGGAGAAAGUCACAGCUUCCUCAUUCUGCAGGUAAAAAAAUCCCAGAAACAUGUCUGAUUUGAACACUUCACACUGCUUUGUUUGUACUUUUAUUUUAUUCCCCCCUUCUGUCUCCUGCAGGAGAAGGCUGCCCAGCAUCAUGCUUAACCUGCGUAUGGCUCAGAAUUUAAAAACAGCCAUCACAUUCAUCGAACAAGGACGUAUCCUUUAGCACGGUGUUAUUUCAAGAGUUUAUUCCUGCACAAUCUCUUGUUUGUUUUGAGUAUUCUCCUGAAGAAAGGGCAGAACUUCUUUUGUUGUUUAAAACUUGACUCACUUGCAGAUGUGCGUGUUGGUCCAGAAAUCAUCACAGACCCUGCAUUUCUAGUCACAAGGUUAGUGUCCAUUUUUCUCUUUCAUCAUCUUAGCAUGUGUCCUUCUCACCUGCUGUACACGGCCUUCACACACAUGCUGCCUGCUGUGCAAAAACAAUCUUAUUUCACAGUUUCAACUUUGUGCAAAAGCAUCUUAAAUAAUCAAACUUUGGCUCUCACUUCUUCAGAAACAUGGAGGAUUUUGUCACGUGGGUGGACUCUUCAAAGAUCAAGCAACACGUCAUGAAUUAUAAUGAAGAGGUGAGUAAAUGUUGAAGAUCGGAUUAUACAUCCGCUCUCUUAUAAAUGUUGAAAUUAAAAUGCAAUUAUGCCUCAAAAGCUUUGAAGGUCUUUGGUAGUUUUCUGAAUAAACCCUUUGUUUUGCACAUGACCAUAAAAUGAACUGGAGUCUGAUCAUUUUUCUGUAAUGCGCUGUAAUGCACAUAUUUACUACAAUUAUUAUUGGUAUCUUUCUACAGAGGGACGACUUUGAUCUGGUGGUGUAAAUCAGAAACAUUGACAUCCAUUCAUCAUCCAGUUUGACAGAGAAAGGACAUGAACUGGGUUCCCAUAACAGUGGGAGGACUCUAGGACCCAGGAGAAAACUGUUAGACUAUCCUUUGAAUUUUUAAUUGGCAAGAGAAGCGAACAAAGUUUGAGCUGAUCUGGGAGAGAAGAAACAACUUCAGGACUUUUCCUCUUCAAGAUUACACUUUUCCAAAAACAUCAAAUCUAAACUUCCACCUGGACACCCAUUGACAAAAUUCAUCCAGGAGGUAGAGACGAGUCAUCUGGUUGUGUUUUUGUCGAAAUCAAAUUCUGAACCACUCGGAUUGCAGAAACCAAGAAUGAUUGGUAUGUUUGGUAUAAAGAUGCAGAAUUCACCACGAAGGAGCUGCCUCUCUGUUCGCAUGACUGGAUCACCAUGGUGAUGUUCACUGCACAGCUUCCUCCAGCAGAGGGAUCUUCAUGCUGUUGCCUUGGAUGUGAUUCAGCUUCAGGUCAAUAAACUGUCACUAUUUUUUCCUGACUAGAUUCUUCAUGAGGAGUGACAAUUCUCCACUGAGAGAAUAGCUGUAUGAUAAUUUGUUGAAUCAUUAAAUUGACAAAGUUACAGUUUGAAAUUUUGCACCUGCAGCAGCAUAAAUUAUACCAUUGAGUCAGGUUGGUCUCUUGAUCAUUUUUCUGUAUUACUGAAACACUGACAUGCAAAUGAACAUAAAAAUUGAAUAAUGUUUAUCUGGAUUUAUUUGUGAAGCAUUUUUGAUUCUUUGUUGUCAUCUUGUCAUAAAUCCAAUCCCUAAGCCCUCACUGACUUCAGUAACAUCAGGUGUGCAGUCUGUGAUAACUUGAAAUGGUGCAAAAAUGAUCAAUGGAGCACAUCCUCAUGAUAUCACGCCACACCGAUAAAAGAUUGGCAGUUAAAUGAUUCCAGCAUUAAUCUCUAACAUGGAUUUGUGUCCAUAUUUAGGGCAUUCAUGUAUCCACUGAGAAUAUUAAACUGAAUCACGAUCAACAAUCGGAGUAACAGCAAAAGUGAUCUAAUAUGUAGUGUGUGGAAAACUCAUUUCAUACCUGCUUCAUGAGGUUGGUUUCACUUUAGAGACCUAGGCCCAGAUCUGAGUACACUGGUUCAUUUAAUCAGAAAACAAAAGUACAAUCACACAGGUCCACUCAAAGAGGGACACAGCUCGUUUAAUCUGGCACAGUCCACAAGAGGUGUGUAGAUGCAGAAAAGCAGGCUGCUGUAUGGUGUCAUAAUUAAACAAACAAAAAUGUUUAAAAUAAUGUACCUGAGCUGUAUAGACCCAAGAGAUUUGGGUCGUUUGAAAAGAUUAAAUCAUGUGUAAUUCUUCUCAUACUUCAUUGAAUGCUCCUACAUACAAACUUUGUUUACAUGUUGUUAGAACUAAUCUUGAUUUCAUCUUGCACACCGCUGAGUUCACAAUGGAUGCUGGUUAAAUCUUGGAAUUAAGUCUGCAGAAAUGCUGACUCAAGAAACUGCCUAACUUGGCGCUGGCAAGUCUGCACUGGGGAGCUCACACUCCUGAUGAUGUGGUUGUAGGACAGGGCCAGGGGCGCAUGCGGAAGGGUGGCGUUGGCACCCCUUGAAAUCUCAGUGUCCACCCCACUGCAGCUGCAAACUCCUCAAGUAUGAUUGGUCAUUUUCAAAGGGGAUACUAUAAAACUACUCUUUUCGGCAGUGUGCACAUUGCCUAAAUAUCAAGAAUACAUUUACUGGAAAUGUUUUGUUAUGCUGUAAUGUGUCACUUUAAGAUGUUCAUGUUGUAAUAGGAAUACAACAGACAUUAAAAUACCUCAAAGUUGUUAGCUUAGGAAGAAAAAGUAAAUCUGUGCUGUUUAUCAGAGUAUUCCUACCUUUGUGAGACCAUUUAUCUCAGACUUGGGCCUGAGGUUCUGAUGAGCCGGCUUGUGCAAAGACACUCUUAUUUUGCUGAAUUUGCUUCAUAGACCAGAUUUCUGGAUGUAUGUGCAGCUAAAAUGAGCAAAGCUUGUACCCCAGUAAGCGGUGACACACUUUGAGGUCGAAAAACCCCAUGCUAGUCCUGCAGCUAACCUCAGGUUUGUCUUCAUUUUUUUAGCCCUCUCCAUCAUCUACCACCAUCACACAGUCAGUAAAGAGCAGCAUGUAGAAACUGUGUGAGGGGGAAACUUUGGCUCCACCUUGUUUGCUCUCUAUAGUGUGUUCUUUCUGUGAACAACAACAGCUCACAGUGUUGACAAGUAAGAAACUAUAUAAACACUGAUUUACAAGUGUGUGUUUAUACUAUGAGAAGAACAACUGACACUGACAAAUGUCACACAUGCAGCUGUAAACAGAGUAUUUGAUAAAUAUUUAAUCUUUUUAAGAA